AUUUUAACACGAGUUCCGAGCGAGCGAUUCAACGAUCAGAUGUCCAAUUUUAACCUAUUGCUUUUUAAAAACCCACACAGGUAAUAAGGUGAGGCCACAAUAAGGAAGUGAAACAACGAGCCGAGAGGAGAAACAUGCUUGCCGCAAGAAAGGAACUCCAGGAGUCCUUGUGCUGCUACACCGCAGAUACCCUCAUCUAUAUCGACACAGUGAGAGAAUUCUGUGAGAGGAACCCCAAAUGGAUGCUUGGGAGGGAGACAGAGUUGGAAAUGAUGAGGGACAUCAAAGACAGGGCUGACAACAUUGACCUAAGCAUUGGCCAUGUUACCCAGUCAAAGAACAAAGGUAAGGCCUUUUGGGAAUACAUGAAGAGCAAGGUGACCUCGGUGACUCCAGACAGCAAGCGUGCAGAGCUGGAGAAGGAGCUGGCUGGUGUGCUGAAGGACACUCUGAGAGGCCUGGAGAAGCUCAACUGCUUCCUGGAUGCUUUGGAGAAUCUUGCAGUCACCUCACUUCAUGUGUUAAUAGAUGAGAACCAGGUGUUACGUCUGCCAGAAGGGAUCAGUCCUGAACAUGUUCAGGUUGUCAUCACUGCUGCACGGGUAAUCUGCCCUCUUCUCCUCGAGUUUAAAAGAGAUGCAAGCGUCUUCUUCCUUCCUAAACUUCAGAAUGUGAAAGGGCUGGCACAUCAGCUGGACAAAUACAUAAAGACCACCCAGAAACUCUGUGAGAAGUUAGAGAAAAACUCCUUCAGUGACUUUUGCCAGGAGAUGAAUGAUGAAUCUCUGGUGGACCUCGAGGUGGAUUUGUCUGAAGAUGACAUACAAAGGAUGCUUCAUCACAUUAAUCAGCUUGAGGAAAUCAGGAUGAACCAGAGCUUCCAUACGUGGUUCUUAUUUCACGACAAACCGUGUUCUGGCUUCAUCGAUAUGUUCAGUGAGCGACAGCCCCGGAUGCUGCAGUUCCUAAAAGACCUGGAGGAGAACGCUGUUCAGCUAGACAGGAUGAACACGGGGGCUGCCUCUGCUUUUAAGGUGUUAAAAAAUCAAGAGCUGAUUGCAAGUGCUGGCAAAGUGUCAGUGCAGGAAGUAAAAGCAUUACGUAACGUGCCCAGAGUGGAAGCAGAUAUCCCAGAUAUCGGACAGGCAGCAGUCAAAGGGCCUCUUGCCCUCUCCAAGUCAGCCAGGGCCGGGUUCAUCGGGCUCAAUGCUCUUUUCCUGGGCAUGGACAUCUACUUCAUCUGUAAGGACAGCAUCAAUCUGGCCAAAGGCAGCAGAAGUGAAGUCUCUCAGUUCAUCAGAGCCAGAACUGCACUUAGGCGCUCAGAGAUGGACUCAUGGCAGAAGAUCCAUGACUUCCUGUGUGAAGGUCGGCUGACGUCAGAGGAAAACAAAGCUAUCCUGGAGACCCCAUUCUAUCCAGAGAAGGAGAUGAAGAAAGAAAAGGAGAAAUGGAAAUGCUUUUGGUGAAGUGGAAGAAAAACUAAAAAUUAAAGAGAAACAACUUGUGUAAUACAGUAGUGGUCCAUGAACAGAAACCAUUAGCCUACUUCAUUCAUAGUGCAUUCAAUAUGCCUUUAUGCUAACUGAUUCAUGUCAAUAAAACUUGUAUUAAAAUGUAAUAACUGUAACUUAUUGAUCAGCAUCAAACAUCAUUUAAGUCCGCACGUAAUGCAUUAUAUUUAUCAUUCAGUAAUACAUCAUAGUAAGAAUAAUUGUAAUUGAUAUAAAAAAUACUAAACACUAGAAAUGGCAUUUCCAAUUUUUCAAUGUGUGAUUUACAAUAAUCAGUGACUGUCUUAU